AUGGCUGCGACCUCUGUCCCUAUUAUCCUUCUCCCAGCGGAUGUGCGCUCGAAGGUCUCAUCUUCUUAUGAAAUAGCCUCUCCACAACAUGUCAUUGAGGGCCUCUUUCAAAAUGCGCUGGAUGCAGAGGCAACAUCCAUCAAUAUCGAAGUGGAUUUCACCAAGGGCUCCAUUUUGGUUUGUGAUGAUGGGAUUGGUAUAAGAGAAGGUGAAUUUGCCGAGAAUGGUCAUCUUGCACAACUCCAUUGCACCUCGAAAUUCAACUCGUCACACCCUGUCUACGGUCGCUACGGUCGCUUUUUGUCCAAUUUAUCAUUCUUGUCAGUCCUAUCAAUAUCUUCUCAACACGAAUCCGAAUCUCAUGCAAGUCGAUCAAUCCUACAUCGUGGAGAGGUCAUCAGCCGGCAAUUGCGGGUCAGGAAAGAGGAUGUGGGACUCGGACAAAAAGGCACCAGCGUUGUCGUACAGAAUCUCUUUGGAGAUAUCCCUGUGCGAGCGAAAUUCCUGUCUAUCCGCUACUCUUCUCCCUCUCAGGUCGAGAAAGAUUUUGACCAAGUGAAAAGAACCCUUGUGGCAUACGUCCUCGCGCGAUCGACGGCUACCGACGUCCGAUUCUCUCUGAAAUCUGGCCGAAGGCAGUAUGUCCAUUGCCACCCCCCUGGACCGGCCAAUGGGCAAGUCUGCGUCGAAUCAGUGGUGGCAACCCUGUUUCAGGCCAAGUUCAUCAGCGCUCUUGACACGGCAACCUGGAGAUUAGCGUCGGUUUACACGGGCGAAUACUCCAUUCAUGCUGCCUUCUCACUACAACCUUCUCCAUGUAGAGCCAUUCAAUUCAUAUCCAUUGGUCACAUUCCCCUAUUACGCGAGCGAGGGAAGAACUAUUUGUUUGAGACUGUCAAUCAUGUGUUCGAGUACUCGAACUUCGGCUGCCUGGUUGAAACCCCUGGUUCCACACGCUCGAUGACGAAUACAAAGGAAGACCGCGGGCUAAGCCGAGAAUUUGUUAGGAGUGGAAAGGGGGUUGACAGGUGGCCUAUGUUUUAUAUUCGUAUUGACCCCAAGUCGGUCCAACCGCCAGGAAUUGUGGAACAGGACACACCUUCAGCCGAGCUUCAUCAUAUGAUCGAUCAUCUAAAAACGGCUUUGGAGUCCUUGGUUUCGCAUUUUUUGGAUAGUUAUGGAUUCCAGCGCGUACCAAAACACAUUCGCGGAAAGAAAGGCCGAGUUGAGAACCUCUCAACAGACCAGUUCAGUUCGUGGGAGCCUUCUCGGCAGCCGGCUUCCGAACGGUCUCAAAUCGUUAGUGAAGCGCGAUUCUUCAAUAGUGGGAAUCGAUUCCAGAGCGGGCGCCAUCAUCACGAUAAGGAUACAACCAAUGAGACGAGAUUGAACCCGCCAAACGAUGAACUUCAACCAGAAGGACAAGCAGAGACAGCUGGACGCACACAUCUCUUGGCGAGCAGCCUCGGAGUGGACGAAGAUGAGACUGAGGGGGUGGACCGCUCGCACCCUUGCGAAAGGGCGGCACAGAACGAGGACCAGGACAGGCAGUGUAACGAGAAUGCUGACACGAAUGCUCUCCUUUGGACAAAUCCACUCAAAGACCAGGAAAUCCUCGUCCGUCCACGUACGGGAGCAAUAAUAUCAAAUGAUGAGAGAAAUCUCUCUCUUACUCCUAGAAGAGAAAAAGUCCGACAAUCUGACCUGCAGCCGUUGAAAAUCUCAUCAUUGAGAGAUUUUGAAGGCUCGAUUGCUCAGCAUCCAGUGAACUUACGGGAAUAUGACAACCUGCUUCCUCGACAACCUGAGUCUCCGAUCCCGUCUCUCAUCUCGACCGAAACGGUCAUGGCGACCGUACAGCGGUGGCGGAUUGGGGAUUCUAGCAUUUCCAGUGGGCAAAAACAAAAUGUGUCCAAAAAGUCGCUUGCUUGUGCAACCGUCCUGGGUCAGGUCGAUCAAAAAUUCAUCCUGGCGACGGUACCUUCUCCAAUCGAUUGCACAAAAGAAUACGAACAAAGCCACCUUCUUAUUCUUAUCGACCAACAUGCAGCCGACGAGCGAAUUAAGUUUGAGAGAUUGUGUCAAGAGUUUUGCAAAUCACAUUCUGUGCAGCUCUCAAAGCCGCUAGUUUUUGAGGUGGAUCAAGUCGAGGCCAAGCUUUUCGAAGAGAGGAAGGCAUACUUUCGAAGGUGGUGCUUCACCUAUACCAUAAACAGAAAGUGUCGAGAUUCACCAUCUACGUGCAGUCAGGAUCAAAAUCCUUCUGUCAGUGUGACGACAUUGCCGACUCUUCUCGCAGAGCGUUGCCGCGUUGAACCAAAGCUCUUGGUUGACUUGAUGCGCAGCGAGGCAUGGUCAGAUCAUGCCAACCGACCUGGAGUAUCUCCGAGACCCUCAGACCAAGACUCGGCACGACAGAACGGCUCCUGGAUGACGAGCAUGGCGCAUUGUCCGGCCGGAGCACUGGAAAUACUAAAGUCACGGUCCUGUCGCACCUCAAUCAUGUUUAACGACAACUUAGACGCUGACCAGUGCGGUCAGCUUGUACAACGACUCUCGCAAUGCACAUUCCCAUUUCAGUGUGCGCAUGGGAGGCCUACUCUUACAGUGUUGGUCGGGAUAGGUUCGGUUGAUGACCUUGGUACGGUUCCCGGACUCCACAGUGCCGAGCCUGGAUUUGACGUUGCCUGGAAAAGUUGGCCUGGUUCUGCGUAA